AUGUAUUUUCCCACGUACAUAUCUGUGUUCAUCUCAUGGAUUGCCUUUUGCAUUGACUCAAAAGCCUUACCAGCAAGGAUUGUACUUGGAGUUAAUUCACUCAUGUCUCUCACUUUUCAGUUUGGUAACAUUAUACGCUCACUGCCGCCUGUUUCCUACAUUAAAGCGAUCGACAUCUGGAUGUUCACAUGUGUUGCCUUCAUUUUUGCUUCACUUCUUGAACUGGCUUUCGUCGCCUAUCAGGACAAGAAACUGCUACUGAAAUCAAGCCGAUCUGGAAAUGCAGUGAAUACCAUGAUGGCCUUAAUGAAGAAUAUUAUGCCGUUUGGCGAAGGACAGGAAGAAACUACCCCGGAACGAAUAGGACGACGCAAUACUGAUGACGUUCGUGACUCAGUGACCGUGAAGGUCAAAAACAUGAGUAUUAGAGCUCUUGGAAUUCUCAGAGUUCUAUUACCUUCGUAA